CAUAUCCCAGCCUGCACGGCGCUCGCUCGCGUGAAAGGAGGCUGCCAUUGGGCGUCGUCAGCAUGGGUGCACCGCGUUGACCGAACCUAUAUACCCGCUGUCGAGUUUCGUGUCUAUAGACUUAAACAUGCUAAUAUUGUCUUUACAUAGUCUGGCCAGGCCAACAAUGCGUCGGCCGCCACCAGCGCUGUCAACAAUGAACUCUUUCUCGAGCCGAUGCUCGGGACCCCACUCUCCAUAUUCAUCGAGAAGGAUGUAGCGGAGAGGGACCAGCUCGUCGAGAUCAUAACGAAACACGGUGGGACAGUCUCGCCAGGGUACAGUGGUGUACCAUACAUACUUGUUGACCCGCAUACCGAGUCCGGCCAGAGUCUGUAUCGUCAAUAUGCUGGAAAGAAGGGUAAGAUCGUGCUGAGCUAUCAGUGGAUUCACGAAUGUAUUCGCGCAAAUGAGCUUCAAACGUAUCACACUGGUUGGGCGGGUUGCAGAGUAACUGGGAGCGAGCAAGUGCGGCCCCGUGCAGCACGCAGCAAUGCGAAUGGAGCACCGACCGAUCAAUCCGCGGGGUCACAACAAAGGUUGGUUCAUUCACAAACGCACGUCCAACCGAUACAACCGCCGAUCCAAACACAAGUCCAACUGCCCCAGCAGCAACAUCAUGCCGCACAUCCUUCUUCGCAACACCAGCUUCAGCACCAGGUGCAGCCGCCGACUGCGCAACCCCAAGCACAGCCCCAUCCAGCGAGUCAUCCAGGAGGAUAUGCACAUCAUGAACUACCGCCUGCUCAGCCCCAAAUGCUCACCCCCGCAACACCUCUUGGACCACCAGGAUUUGGUUAUCCUGUAUACGCUGGCCAAGGUGCUCAGCAUCAUGCAUCCCGAGCUUCCCUGACUCAGCCUGGUGCGCCGCAGAAUUGGCAAACGCCGACGCCGAUCACGCCUCACCAGCAUACAACGCACAUACAGAUGCUACCACCUCGUGCGCAGAAUCCGUAUGCACGGGAUGACCAUUGGAGCGAAGCGGGUCCUGCAUUCGCGCAGCUAACUGAGACUCAUUUGCCUCCUAUGAAUGAUCCGCAAACUGCUGCGUAUUAUGAUCAACGAUAUAGAGAUGGGCAGAACGCUUGGACUGACGCUGGUCAUGAUUAUUAUGACCAAUCACAGAGUUAUGACGCAACAUACCAGCCAGAACAAUAUGUACCAAUAACCGGUCCUUCCACUUCAAGUACCACGCUGGAACAAACAACAGCACCGCCACCUCCUGCUCCUGCCUCCGCCCCUGCAUCUCAAGAACCUAUCCCCGCUCCUGGCCCUGCACAGGACCAGGAGCCUGCACAACCACCCAGCCCUAGGGAAGAAACUAGGGGACGAAGACGGACGAGGGCUCAGCCUCAGACCAACGCGCCCGCGUCUUCACUUGUAUUAACUAGACGUCAUCCACCUGCGCGUUCUCCGACCCCUCCUACGCGCGUGAUUAAGAGCACUUAUGGCGGCAAUCUAUUUACCGCCGACGAUAUUGAAUACCUGAAGAAAUAUAUAGACUAUUGUCAGGAGCAGGGACUCGUAUUGAGCUUGCGAGAAAUUUGCGAACGUAUAGCGGUGAAGGCACCACAUCAUACAUUUUACAGCUGGCGUAGAUAUUGCAAUAAACACCAAAUUCGACUUGGCGGAUAUGCAAUGGAUAUCGAUUCACGUUCUCCAUCUCCGAGUCAUGCUCAGGAGAAUGGACAAAGCCAGGUUACAGGCACUGUUGAAGAUGUAAAUGUCCCAGCCCCGACUGGAGAAGGACCCUUCACGAUUGAAGCAGCAAACCGAAUGUACCAAGAGCAUGGUAUGAGAAAUCGCUCACCUACUCCACCAAGAGCGUUAUACAGGAGUACGACCGGUAAAGGUGUAGCAUUCACAAGCGAAGACGUUGCGUUUUUGUGUAAAUUCAUGGCAUACAGAAAACUGCAGGGUCGUUUGGAUAUGGUUACUUUCUGGAAAGACGUCUCAAGUAAAGCACCGCAUCAUUCCAGGGCAUCAUGGAUGAAAUACUAUCGGCGACACAAGCACGAGCUGAAUCGCGUCGAAGGUGAUGAGCCACUCCCUGCGCCUCCGACCAAGAAAAUGCGCUACGGUCGAAACGAUGACAUCCUUCUUGCGCAAUACUUCGUGAACAAGCCCGAAGGUACCUCGGAUAAGAUCUUCCAGGAAUUUGCAAAGAUAUAUACGCACCAUCCAUGGAAAGGCUGGCAAGAACAUCACCGAAUACACAAGGCGAAGAUCGAUCAUCUCAUUCUGAGGUUGCAAAAUGGCGAGAUGCUAGAACCAGGUGAAGAGUCCGACUAAUUUUUUUUAACUUGUAAUCUCUAUUUUCUUUCUUUCUUUUUUUGUCUUGUCACUUUUCCUUUGGUUAUAUAGCUGUCACCUUUACUUUCUUGGCUGUCCCGAUUACCUGCUUUUCUUGAUCUUUUUC